AUGGAUGAUUUAGGAAUUUCGCCGAGAGGUAGUAUGGGUGAGUACCUCACACAUGUUGCAAAAGAGUGCACAUGUUUGAGUUUAACACUUAGAAGACCUCCAAGACCUUCAAUCGCAGCAUUAAAAGCGAAUUCAACACUGAUCAGAAAACAACACAGUCCAUUACUAGAAAAUGAAAUAUCUCCAUAUUUGACAGUCGAAGGUGCCAUUGAAUGUAUAAACAGCAAUAAUUUUUCAAAUAUCGUCGAAAUGGCAGCAAUGAUUGAGAAUUGUGCAAAUUCAAAUCAGAGAAUGCUCGACAAACUGGUAGGAUCAGAAGAACUUGCACUCGAAUUAGUUAAUGCACUUUCAAAUGAUGCUUUUCAGGAUUUCUACAAAGUUCACGUCAUGGAAAUCAUCUGUUCAUUGUUUGCCACGUCAAAUAUCAUGUCAGAAAAUUAUGUCGAUAAUGGAUUAACUAUGUCGAUUAUUGAUAUGAUCCAAUCUGAAUCAGAAACAAUAACUACGGCUACGCUUACUUUAAUUAGACAGACAUCCGGAGUUGCAUAUGUCAAAGAUUCUAUGCUUACUUUCGGAUUGCCUGACUAUUUAAUACAAUUUUUAUCAAAUAUUACAGACCCUGCGAUAAUUGAGGACGCCUGUGUCGCAUUAUGCUCUAUAUUCCAUAAUGUUGAUGAGGUCGACUCAACUGUGCUUGAAGAAUUCAUUACAAAGCUUGCACCACUUUUGGAUCUUGAAGUUCCAAAUGGAGUGCGCGCAAUUAUUACAGCUUAUAUCAGUAUUACAGACCAACAGCCUAUGCUCAUCCACAACGCUUACGAUGCAGGAAUUCCCAUUAAAAUAAUACAAUUAAUACCUAUCGAAACUUUAACAGGGGCUUGCUUGAUUCUCCUUGCAAACUUCUGCCAUUUUCAUCCAAUACAAGUGAAUACUCUACUAGAAGCAGGAUUAAUUAAUAUUUUACUUCAAUUGAUAGAAAAUUCACCACAAGCGGGCGGAGCUUUUGCGAUAUUCUCAAACCUCAUCGAGAGUGUAACCGCUCAGGUAAUUGAGGUUUGCAAGCCUCUCAUUCAUUUUUCAGUAGAAAUGACAAAAUCGUGUUCAUUUGAAACAAAGAAGGAAAUUGUUUAUUUCAUAUGCACAUAUAUAUUAUACUCGAACGCAAGCAAUAUAAAGGAUAUUGUAAAUGAAGAAAUUUACGAAAUCGUGAUAGAAAUGCUUGGGUGUUCGAUUCCUAUCAUUAUUAAUAGAUGUUUGGAUGCACUCCAAAAAAUAGCAACAGUUUUGGAGAACUUCGUGUUGGAUGUCGACUCCGGUAUUAUCGAUGACCUCUUCGACGCUUUGGAUUCCUUAUCGCAGUCAAAUAUUAAGAGUAUAGCUAACCAUGCAAUAUAUAUCGAACCAUCUUCAGCAACUUCAUACUGA